UCGCUGCAGCAGAACUUAAAUGAAUAUGUUGAAGCAUUGAUCACCUUGAAACAGAAAAUUAUUAACACGGAUAACCUACUGACAGAAUACCAGAAGAAAUGUGAUGAGCUGCAGUUUGCCAGAAGAGAGAAUAGCAUGCUACAUCACCAAGUGGAACAGAUGCUCCAAAAGAUUUCUCCUCUGCAAAAGUGUCAGGAAGAACUGGACUCUUUAAAAGCAGAGCUGGAAGAGAAAAAGAGUUCUCUAAAGUUAUAUCAGAACACUCAUCAGGAAUAUGCUCGUGUGAAAGAGGAAUGCUUGAGAAGUGACGCUCAGAAGAAGAAACUAGAGGCCAAGGUGAAGAAGCUGGAGGAGGCUGCUGUUAAGCAAACUCAAGACUUCAAGCAACUGAGGAAUGAAAAGAAAAUACUCGAAAAAGAAUUUAAGAAGACACAGGAAAGGCUUGAUGAAGUCUCUAAACAGAAAAAUGAAAAGGAGUUGAGACAUGUUGGAACACAGAUUUCAAGUGAUUCCUAUGGAAGUGUGGAUAAAAGAAAAGUGAAACUGCUCCUGAAAGAGCUAUGGCUCUGCGUGAACACAGCACACAGGCUACCUGGGGAAGGCAGCCGGCAUGUCCCAGAAAAACCUUCCAAAGGAAACCGCGUAUCCAGACACUCUGGGGAAGAUGAUGCGUUGCCUCCAGCACAUGGCAGUCCUGCUGGGCCCUCAGAUGUACACACUUGUCUCACAAAGCUGUCCAUGGAGAUAGAGGGUGACUACACUUCCUGUGACAGUGCAGAGGGGCAGCCGGGUGAAGCAGGUCCUAGAGCCCUGCAUGCUGUUGCGAGGGAGUCGCGUCCUGAGGUCUCUGUGCAGACUCCCGAAGACGAGGGCAGGACCAGCUUUGCUGACCAUGGACACGUGUUCGAUGAUGAUGAUCUUCAGGCUGCCAUAGAGUUCUUCAAACUACCCCCUCCUCUCCUGUCUCCAGUGCCCUCGCCCCCUCCAGUGCUGUCACCACACCUGGGCCCCUUACCUUCUGCUCUGGCACCAGAAACCUACUUUGGAGAAUGCGCGGAUUCCAGUGAUGGUGACUCUGCCCCACUCAGAAACUCUGCAGAGUCUGCUUUGGAAGAGGACACAGCUGAAUCACAGGGUUACUUUGGAUUAUUUGGAAAAAAUAAAAGGAGUGAUAAGUGGGCGGAAAAACCCAGGCCACAGGAAGCUGUGCAGUCUCUAAGUGCUUUUGCUCUAAGCAGAGGGACACACGUUGGAUUUGAUACCUUAAGAGCUGCGCUGGAGGAGCCUGCAGCCACUUUAGCUCAGGGCAGGCAGUGGCCAUCACCUGGAUUCCUGAGAGCUGGAGAAAGAGACACCUUAGAUGCGACAGAGAGACAGGCGGUGGCCGGGACUAUGGCUGCGUCUGUGCAGGCCGGGGAAGUGCGGCAUCAACCCACUGGGAGUGUGUGUGCUGAGACGGCAUCUGGAAGCCUUUCUGGGAGGAAGCAGGCAGUGGCUGGGGAGUCCAAGUUGUGCUUUUCCCCGCUUGGCAAGAGGAUGCUGAGUGAACUGAGGGACUCUGAGGGGAAAACCUUGUUGUCAGCAGUGCUGGACUUUGCCCAGCCCGUGUUUACGAAGCGGACACUUAAAGAUGAAACUGCUUCUGAACCGCACCGUGUAACUGGCUCUGGCCGUUUUCAGAGAAAGGAAAGAGAAGAUGUGCAGAGGUCCACUUUAGAGUCACCCGAGCCCCAGGCCUUCAGCCCCAGAGCUGCAGUGUGUGCGGGUGUUUCGGCAGGCCUUUCUUCCUCUUCUGCCUCGGGACCAGUGUCUGCUGGCAGUGAUCCCCAGUCUUCACGGCUAGAGUGUGUUGGUAUAGGCACUCCAGCAAGGCUGUUCCCCAUGGAACUGCAGCUUUCAGAUCAAAAGUCACAGCCUAGAACUUCAAACACAUUCCUUCUGCACUCUGAGCCACCAGAGCGAUCUCUGCAAGAAGAUGCCCCAGAGAGCAGCUCGUAUGCAUUGAGUCCCAAGUUAGACUUGGGAACAUCUGAUUGUCAUGAUCAAAAGAACAGCAAGGUAGAGCGUUUAAAAUUAAAAGGCGUGACCAGAAUGUCCUCUCUCCCUCAGUCAGUAUUUCAGAAGGCAGCAGAGAGCAGGCGCUGUAAAGGCCAGGACCCAGGCGCUGGACUUGCACCGCACAGGUCAGACUUGGCACCAUUAGCGUCUUCUCAGGCCUCCUGGAUCAGGAGAGGCUCUGCUUCUGUUAAAAACCCAUCAUGGCACCAGAGUGAGAUAUUAAGGAGAGGUGGUAAGGACAGUCCUAGAGCUACCUCAGGACACGCACAAGAGACUGGGCUUCACCUAGAAACGGCAGCACCAGCCUCACAGAGUAGCAGAUUUACCACCACGCUUGAACCUAGGGAGAGCGCCAUUCUGUUGGAAUCCAGGGCUGCUGCUUUGCUGCCCAACCAGGUGUCUGUCAUAACAAAGCAGGCAGGGCCCAAGAAGGCUCAGAGUACCAGCUUGGAGCGCGGGAGACCACGUGGGAAUGAGCCAGCCUCAGCUACAGACAACCAUGAGCAGGAAACAAGUACUGUGUCAUCGAUAGCAAAGAGUGCUGGGGACAGGGAUGCUGUGGCUCGGAAUGUUGGGGAUGUGGCUGUGGAGAGAAGCCCUUCUCCAGAAGUUUCUACGUCUUGGAGAAAACCAGACCUUGACUCUCCAAGUGGGUCCUUAGCAACAGGAAAUUUUGAUGAUUCCACAGAUAGUAAGUUAUCUUUCUCGUCUGAAGACAGCCUUGUGCCAAGCCAAGAUGCCAUCAGAGAGCCCUCACUGCAGGGAGGGAUGCACAAGCCCCCAGAGUCUCCGUGUACCACCGUGGCAGGUACCAGCAGGCUGGAGAGUGGGGGACUGCUUCCGACUGAGGUGGCAGUGCCAGGAGACUGUCCUACAGAACAGGCGCCCCCUGGAGACACCCGCCGACUGAGCACUGAGGCCCGAGGGGUUGCACCUGAUUCUCCUAGCACUCUACAGCAUGCACCAAGUGGAGCUCUUCCCGGAAGCCGCCUUUCCGCAGGCACUGUUUGUUCCUCGGUGUUUGGCAGUGCAGAAGAGGACACGCAGGCCAUCUCCCAAAGCAGUCUCCUUGGGGCUCCCUGCUGCUACACAGGCCUGCGUGAGCAGGACGAGGAGGACACCGAAGCCGAAGGCAGCGAGGCCCUUAGCAGCAGUGAGGGCGAGCGUGAGGCUGAAGCUGUGAUGGCAGACAGGCUGUGGGGUACAGCGGGCGACUCGCCCAGCCAUGUGGGGGAGAUGGAAGCCAGGCAGCCGGAGGCAGGACCCUCUGCAGACGUAGGCUAUUUGACCUCUGCCUUGCAGGACUGCAACAUAAAUACCUUUAUUGACAUAGACAAACUUUCUACAUCGGAGGUGGUUAUGUUCUUUGAGAGCUGUCAGUUAAAGGAUUAUAGUUCAGGGGACUCUGUUUCAGAAUGUUCUAGCAAAGAAGAAAGGAGCAAAGAAUUAAAGCAAAGUGAAGUCUCAGGAGCAAAGUGUAGGAGGCGACUCUACGAGGAGUGGGUGGAGUUGGAGGAGGACUACCCCUUAAAGGGUGCUCACCAGAGUGCCCGGUGUUCUCUGGAAACACUGUCCGAAGUUCUCACCAAGGUUGGGCGACAGCUUCAUACAAACCCUGAGGCCUAUGGUGAGGGUAUUGGGAAUUUCCUGCUGUUAAACAACCAGGCUGCUAGAGAUGGGAUGGAAGACACUGCACCCAAGGAAACAUCUAGCCCCACAUCCCACAGCACAGAGCUGCCUCUCCCAGCACAUGUGGGUGUUGGAGAUAGCUCUCCCCUGAGUGGCAGGUCUGCCCCUGAGCACAUGCAGUGCAGACCUGAGGGUGAGGCUGGUACUAGAGACUGCCCUAGCACUGGGGAGGAGGACCUGAUAGAACCCGGGGAGCCAUUGGCCCUGAGCUCUGACUCUGCAGCCCCACCAAGAUCAGGGCAGAACUCCGACUAUGGAACCAGGACGACAUUCCAGUACCAGAUCUCCACGGUGACCUCAGAAGUUAUAAACGUCCUCAUAAGCAAGGAUCAGAAUCUCGUGAUUGAGAAGGGAGACAAGUGGACCAUCAUCAGCGGCGUUGCCAUCACCCCAGGUAUGGAACAGGUGGUUGUCUGUGGCACUCCUGAGGACGCUGCUGCUGCUCAGGAUCAGGGAGGCCUGGUUGCAGGCUCUGCUUCCGUGACGUCUGUGGAGAAGUCUCCGGAGGCACUGCGAGAACCUCCCUGCGAUGGCAGCCUCUCUGCUGCUCACUUUGAUAAGAGCCGUCUGCGCAACAGGCCUGUGAAGCCCAGCAUCUGGAUCAGCUCUCAGAUCUAUAAGCAGACACUUGAGACCGAGAACGCUGUGUCUGAUCACACGUACUGUAACUGGAAGUUGGAGCCACUUGCCAGAAGUAAGAACCGAUCAAAGAUUGCCAGCAAAGAGCCAUCGAGCAAGCCAGCAAGGACUUCGGGCCUCAGCAGAGGGGAAGCUCCACAGGGUGACGCCCCACAGGGUGACGCCCCACAGGGUGACGCCCCACAGGGUGCUUUGGGGACAAGAGCAAGUGCCAAGACACCAAGAGGCCAAAUGCAGCCCAUUGUGGCAAAUGCGGACACAUCCACGCCCACUGACUGUCCUGACACUCUGAGCAAGAUCCGUCAAGAGGUGGGGCCCCCACUGCCUCCGCUGCUUGCUCCACUGAUAGCCACACCUCCAAGAAGGUCACAAGCACUGUCUCCACUGAUAUCAAGUUCUAGUCCAUCCUCCCCGUCCUCACCUGCUGGUCCCAUCUCCCCUUUAUGUGAAAUCCCAGUGCCUCCUAUGCCAUCUCCAUGGCCGGGGGAGCUCCAGCAGGCCUCCCCACCCGGUCCCUCUCCAUCCCCGUGCACUGCAGCAGCCCCUGGAAGGGUGGUGUCCUCUCCUCUGCAGUUCUGUGCAGCCACACCAAAGCAUGCGCUUCCAGUGCCUGGCCGACUACCACCCCAUGCGCCUGGCCGUGCAGUGGGAGCACCGCAGGAGAAUUCUGUUAAAAUCCUCGACACCAUGUACCCGGAGCUGUCUGCCCGGGCCCGGACCCUCAGCCUUCUCAAAGGGAACAUGCAGUUGACUCGAGGCUCUGCAGAUGGAAAGGUGUUGCCGGGGCGUGUCAGUGCUCUGCUAGGACUCAAAGCCAUCACCUCAACAUCGACUGCUUUCGUCAAAACGGGGGGCGGCUCUGUUGGUGACAUUGGCCAAGGUAAGUCUGAAGAUUUGGGUACUCAGCAGGAUGUCGGUGGGAAGAGAACACUGUCGGCAUCCAUUCUGAGAAGUGCUAAAAGAUUGCGCCUGGACAGUGAGUCUCUGGAGUCAGAGACCAGGGCCGUGGCAGGAGGACUCCGGGAGGAGCCCCCAGAAGGAACCCCUCAAACUGAAGUUGUCACAGCCGAAGAGCAGCAAAGCGCUGCCCCAGCCUGCAGUCCGGCAACACAGCUGCCCUUAAACGAGGUGGCAGAGUCCUACAGCACAGCCGUAGCUCGGGCACUGAGGAAGAUUGCCGAGUCCUGCUUUGACCUGCUACCUGUCAUUCGCAGUCAUGUGUAUGUGGGAAACAUCUCCAAAAAGCCUGUAAUGAGGGAUCAAGAGAAAGAGGUCGUUUAUGAGUUCAGCACAACAAACAAGCAUUUAGGAGAGUACUUACUUCGCUCUAUUCUCUCAGAACUAAAAAUUCAGAAAAUGUCUAUGGACCACAAUUACAUCCAUGCACUCUGCAGGGUGUAUGUGGGUGUUUGUCGGCAACUUGGAGACCUGGAGAGAGCCCGCUUGUUCUGUUACAGUCUACUGAAGGAAGAUUUUCCGGAGUCUGAGAAACUGACUUUGUUCGUUGCAAACAUGUGGCACGAGGUGUUUCUGUCUCAGUCUGUGAUUGGUAAAGCCAUGCAGCUGGUGGCCAGGCAGCGCGCCAGGGGCGAGGUGCUGAGCUGCCUGCGGGCCUUCCUGGGCUGGGAGAAGAGUGCUCCUGUAGACGUUGGCAUCAUGGUUUCCAAGCUGCUUUUGACCAUACAGCUGUGCCCCAAAACAGAAUUUCAAUCCAGUGAAGAGUUUGGUGAAGAUCUGAGCUCCAACACUUGGGAAUACAUAUUUGCCAUCGACCUACUCUGCUGCCACCAGAGGUGGAUCUGGACCCAUGACAACAUCAUAAGCAAAGAGCUGUGGCCUGUCAUGGACAAGUGGAUAAAGUAUAGAAAGGGACAUGCAAACAUUGCCUACACCCCUGAUGUCAUCGUCGCCUCCAUACUGAGGCUGAUUGGUCGCUUAGGCCAGUUGGGUCUGAAGGAAGGAUUUCCAAGUGCUGUGAAGAAUAUUAGUUCUGUUAUUGGUAUGUUUAUACAGCAUGCUCAGGAUGAAGAGAUCCCAUGGGGUGUGCAGUUAGCAGCUGUGUACGCGCUCUGUGACUUGAGCCCUAGCAAUCCAGCAGAAACAUCCAAGAUCCUGGAAGCUUGGCGGAGUAAGGCCUCCAGCAGCGUCCCUUCAGCAGUCAUCAGAUGCCUAGACGAGGUUGGCUCCCUGAACGCAGAGGCCUCUGCCGGCUUCCCGACUGCAGGGGCCUCUGCCGGCUCCCCCACUGCAGGGGCCUCUGCCGGCUCCCCCACUGCAGGGGCCUCUGCCGACUUCCCGACUGCAGGGCCCUCUGCUGGCUUCCCCACUGCAGGGGCCUCGACUGACUCCCUGACUGCAGGGGCCUCGGCUGGCUCCCCAACUACAGCGGCUUCUGCCAGCUCUCUGACUGCACAAGGCUCAGCUGGCUCCCCAGGUGUUGAGAGCUCCGCUCCUUGAGGGACUGGACUUCCUGAGUGCCAGGGGCUUGGUUCCAUGAGAGCUAGGGACUCUGCUCCCUGAGGUGGAGGGGCUCAGCUGAAGGCCAUGGUCAUUGCCGGAGAGAAGUGCCUUGACACUUUUAAUAUAGAUUAAUCCGCCUCCAGCAUGCUCAGUGAGGUCCACAGAGAAGGCGUAAGACGGAUGGCGUGGCGGAAGCGCCAGAGACUUGCCAGGGAGACCGAGAAGCAACCCCACCCACAUCCAUUUCAGUUACAGCUCUGGUCAUGUGACUUACAGGGUGUAUUAUUUUUGUCUGUCAACCAACAAAAUCUUAAACUUAGCCCUUUUUUUUUUUUUGCUGCAGAAAGUGUCCUUUUUAGUGGCUUUUAGAAAUUGGGUGUCAUUUUACCAUGAGCUUGAGUCUAAAAAUGUGAUUUGGUUCCCGAGCUGUUUUAGAGUUUAUGCUCAAAUAUGUGGCUAGGAAAAAGUAACUUGGCUUAAAAAAAAAAUAAUAAUAACCAUUAGAAUCUCCCACUAUCUUAGCUGGAAAGGGGCUGCAAAAGUAUCUCAUACGUGGUGCAGCUGGGCAGAGUAAAAUACCAAAAGCCUCUGCCAGAAACUCACUUCAAUGCAUUUUCCUCCUAUCUGUAAAUUUCUUUAUAACCAUUGGGAAGAGGCGAAUUGGACCAUGGACGCUUCCUGGCAGAAGCUCUGUCAGAUUCUUAGAUGGGCUGCAUGGAUGUGUGCAAGUCUAAGGGAGCAGUAGAGCUCUGCGGGCCAUGUGCAAAGGGACAGAGCUCUUUGGGCCAUGCACAGACAGUGCUCUGCAUACAGACAGCUGUAAGCUGUGUGCACACUGACCUCUGGCUGUGUGCAUACGGACAGGGCUCUGCGGGCUGUGUCCAUACAGAGUACUUUGCGGGCUGUGUGCAGACAGACAGUGCUGUCUAUGUGUCUCACACUGACCUCUGCGGGCUGUGUCCACACAGAGUGCUCUGGGAGCUGUGUGCAGACAGAGUGCUCUGUGGGCUGUGUGCAGACAGUGCUGUCUAUGAUGUGUCUCACAUUGGUUCCACUUUCGGAGUUUUAGUGUUUGUACAUAGAAAAUGGGUUUAACAACUCACCGUGAUUCUGACUUGUAUUCAUCCUUUCUUAAACCUCUUGUAUGUGUUUUUUAUAAUAAAAAAAUAAAAGUAAGCCAUACACAGCACUGUUCUGAUUA